UUGUCUUGGAAAAGCAUGAGCGAAGGUGGAAAACCUCAACCGGCAGCUACGGACAAGGAAGAAUUUGUCCAUUUCUUCCCCCAGAUCGUCCGAGACCUGUUGGAAAACGAACUUCACGUCCCUGAAGUGGCCGAUGCCGUCACCAGGCUGAAAAGGGUGAUCGAAUAUAAUGCCGUUGGUGGGAAAUACAACCGCGGGCUAACCGUGGUGGCUGCUCUUCGGGAACUAGCCAAACCAGACCAGCCGGACCCAAAGACUUUCCGCAUUGCCCUCGUUGUGGGCUGGUGUGUUGAACUGCUCCAGGCGUUUUUCCUAAUUGCGGAUGAUAUUAUGGACUCUUCGUUGACCCGCCGAGGCCGGCCUUGCUGGUACAGACAGGAAGGGAUCGGCCUGGACGCCAUCAACGAUGCCUUCCUCGUGGAAUCCAGCGUUUACCAGCUGUUGAGGCGACACUGUCGUGAGCAGCCCUACUAUCUGAAUCUAAUGGAGCUUUUCCUCCAGUCGACCUACCAGACCGAGCUGGGCCAGGCCUUGGACCUGUUUCAGAUCAAUCUGGAUUCCUUCACGGAAGAAAGGUACAAAGCAAUUGUGAAGCACAAAACGGCAUAUUAUUCCUUUUAUUUACCGGUGGCGGCUGCGAUGUAUAUGGCUGGCAUCGACAGCGAGGGAGAGCACGCCCAUGCCAAGGCCAUCCUUGUCCAGAUGGGGGAAUUUUUUCAAAUCCAGGAUGAUUUCCUCGACAAUUUUGGGGACCCCAAAGUGACCGGUAAGAUAGGAACAGAUAUUCAGGAUAAUAAAUGCAGCUGGUUGGUGGUUCAGAGCCUCAAACGGGCAUCUCCGGAGCAGAGGAAGAUUUUGGAGGAGAAUUACGGCCAAAAGGAAGCAGAGAAAAUUAAUCGUGUGAAGGCUCUUUACGAGGAACAGGAUCUAAAAGCCGUUUAUAAAAACUACGAAGAAAACAGCUACCAACGCAUCGUGGCUUUAAUUGCCCAGCACGCCGUCCGUUUGCCCGGCCAGAUCUUCCUUGAUUUGGCCAACAAAAUCUAUAAGAGACAGAAAUAAUUUUUCCAAAGAAAUCUGGAUAAUAUUUUUUAUUUUUUUUUUUAAAAGCUGGGACUAGAGAUAAAAAACAAAAUUUCUUAGACCGGUUGUGGGCUAAUUCAGGAACGGCAGCAGGGACAGGGGUGGCCGGGGGGGGGGGGGAAGGAAUAUUUUAAUUCCGUAACCCUCUCAAUGGGAUUUUAUUUUAUUUUUCGAUAGGUGGUGCUACUUAGGAAGACUUGCUAGAUUUCAUUUUGCUUUGGGCGGAGGAAAAUCCAGCCGUAUUUCUAAGGGAUGCAGGCUGCUUUUUCCCCCCCAUUUUUUUCACUCUUCCCUAACCUCGGGGCUGUGGAUCCUUGCCACCAGGGUCGGCAGUUGGGGGUGAUUGGAAUUGUAGUCCAGGAACUUUUAGGACGAGGUGCUGCGAGGACAUUAAUGAUGCCAGUUUUCGAUGCCGGAUGAGACUCACCAUCCAUUAUUUAGAUGAUGCUGUGAGACCUUUUAAGGGUUGCUUGGAAGACUUUGUACCAAUAAAUUAUU